CAAUCCACUAUGUAAAUCGUCAGAUUUGAAGCGUCUUAGAAUUCUUGCGGAUAAGUAUGAUUUUCCGAUUGUAAUAGAUGAAACAAUUGGAAAUUUUGUCAAUGUUAAGGUUUUUGAGUGGGCAGAUAUUAUGGUAUCAAGCUUAACCAAGAUUUUUAGUGGGGAUAGACGCUAUUAUGAGGAGCUGAAAGAAGUUAUAAAUAAUGAAUAUGAGGACCUUUUAUGGGGAGAAGAUGCAAUUUUCCUCGAACGUAAUUCGAGAACUUUCAGAGAACGAAUUAUGAAAAUCAAUGAAAGUACAGAGGAAAUAUGUGAAUUACUUAGAAGUAGUCCUAAAGUCAGAAAAGUCUACUAUCCAAAAUAUGUUACACCCGACAUCUACCUUCAAUAUAAAACGGUUAACGGUGGAUUUGGUGGAUUAUUCUCAAUUACUUUCCAUUCAGAUCUUGCAGCUCAACAAUUUUUUGAUUCACUUGUAAUUUCUAAAGGACCAUCUCUUGGUACUAAUUUCACUUUAGCAUGCCCUUAUACAAUUUUGGCGCAUUAUCAUGAAUUAGAUUGGGCAUCACGUUAUGGUGUUGAACCAGGUCUUAUUCGAGUGAGCGUAGGCUUAGAAGAUAAAAAUGAUUUGUUAAAAAUGUUCCAACAAAGUCUAGAUGCCAUUACUGAAUGA